AUGAGGACGGGCAGGGAGCCGGACGGCAUCCGCCGAGAGGAUACGUGCUGCUUUGCCAUUGUGACGUUCAAUAACGCAGAUGAGUACUUCAGGGCUGAGCUUUAUCUUCUUUUUGUUCAUUUCAUUUCUUCAUUUCAGGGCAUUUUUGCCAGGCCUGUCAGUGAUAACUUCCUGGAAUGGUUAGCUGAAAUCCAAGGCCUCAAGGAUUCGCUCUGGGAAGGGGCCGUUCUUCAGCUGUCACUGACAUACAGUGAAAAGUACAAUGAUGUCCCUCCAACUGUUAAGUUCAACACCAUUCCCUUCCAUCCCAACGUGGAUCAGUACUCUGGGAGGCCAUGUAUAGACUUCCUUGACAACCCUGAGGAGUGGAAAGAAAAGUUAACCAUAAGUAACAUUUUACUUGCUAUUCAGGUGAUGCUUUCAAAUCCAGUAACAGAAAAUGCAGUGAACGUAGAAGCAGCAGAAAUGCUGAAAAACAAUAUGCCUCUGUAUAGGCAAAUGGUUAUGCAGUGUGUUAGAAAUAGCCUGCAUCCAGAAGAACUUUCUCAUAUUGAGAAAGAUUGUGUUUCUCCUCUGACGUUUUACCAGCGAGCUGAAGGAUCUUCUCUGGGCUCUGCCAGAAGGAUUAGGAGAAUUUCGUUUGAAGAUUACCACAGGACGUGGUCUAGAAUAGCUACAUCAAAAGCAACAGACCAUUUUAAAGACUCACUUUUUGAAGAUCCAGAAUUCACAGGGAACUACUGUGGCUGGAAGGCAAAAAACGUGAAAGGAACAGAAGACUGGGAUAAGGAUACAUGCACUGCUAUCAUCUCUCAGCUCAUCAGAAAACAAAGGAAACAGACAGCUGGAGAACUAUCUGAGAUGAGUAAAAUUGAAAACUACCAAUUUUGGCAGUCUCCAGAUGUGCCUGACCUCCCAUCAGAAAGGCAAAGAGUGGAUGAAGACGGACAUGACAACCGAGAAGAGCUAUGGGAGAAGGAAGUCGACAAUCUAGUAGCUUGGACUAACACUCUGUCUAACAAAAGAUUAGAGGAUUAAAUCAGAGAAAUUGUAUAUAUAGAUAAGCAAGUACUGUAUUAUUUUUUAAACCAUCUAAGAACUUUUAUACUGUUCUUGUCAGGCAAAUCUUCAGUUGUGACUUGGUCUUUUUGGCGUGGUGCUAUUGGCUUCAGUUAGAGGGUGAGUAGGAAUGGAACAGGAAUCUGUUUUGCCUGUGCAAGCAUGGCUUUUUACCAGUAUUUGUGCCUCCCUGUUGCCCUUGGUGGUUUGUUGCUGUGAAAUUGUUUGGAUCUUAUUACCUAAAUAGCUUGCUAUUUUAGGUAUUCUAACAUCUACAGGGCCUAGAGCAAUGACAAGAUAUAGUAACAACUAUGAAGAAGCAUCUAGCUUUGACUGCACAGGAGAAAAGAUCUAUUGAGUGAGAAGAUGCUAUUGCUUGUAUCAGACUAUGGUUGUGCUUAGAAUCUAAAUCCAACAAUGCUAACUUUUCUCUCCAAGCUUGAAUCGAAUCCUGUGUUCUUCUGGGCAAUGAGACAGUCUUUACUUGCAUUGUUGUGUAUGGAAUGUGUGGAUGUGGAAUUUCUCCUAAAAGAACUGUACAUGUCUCUUAACUCUUCCCGGCUUACGCAUUGUAGCCAUCACGAAGUAAUUCACCCAGUUGUGUUGAGACAUAUAAAAAGGGCAAAUGACACCUAGGUAGACAGGACAAUAAAGAUUCAUAGGGCUUGGAUCCAGACUCGGUUUCAAGAGCUAGCCAGACAAUCUCAUUAACUAAACAAGAGGCGUGCAGUCAUAAAGACUGCAGAAUCACAUUCACAGAAGGUCUUUGAGAUUACAAAAGAAAUAUGUUCUUACAGUCUUCAAGUCACUGCCUUUUUAACUCAUUGGCACACUGCCUAAUGAGAGAUGUAAGUGUAUUUUAAUACUUGCACACUGUGUCCUAGGGAAAAAAACAUGUAAAACUGAAGCAUAACAGUGAAAGAGGCAAGUACUUUGAUGUAGGAAUCUGUUAGAAAUGUCCGUUGUUUGAUUAAACUUUAAGAAUAUUUAUUAUCUGAAUAUUUAGAGAUGAAAAAAGGUACGGAUGUCAGACCUCUGAAACCGGUACUCUAGCUGACAUAGUAGGCAAACAGAGUAGCUGUUAUGAAGCUAGCCUACUCCACGGUGUGCUUUAUGUGUGGCCUGGCAGGAUAUUCUACCUGAUGGAGUGCUAGCUUGGGUCGUGGGAAACCCACAUGAAAUUGCUUCGCAACAGCAGGUAUCUUAUGAUUUUAUGAGUCACAAGCCUCUCUCUGGCUCAGCUUCCCACUUGUAGGAGUGAUCUUCUCCUCAAGAUGGUCCUGAAAGAAUGAAAACACUGAAGACUGUGAGGCAUGUCUGUAUUACAGUGCUUGCAAGAGCCUAAGAAAAGAGCACGAAACUUGGAGGGUGGAUCAUCUGUCUCCUGUCCACAGCUAUGCUGCUAUGACGUGGCCAUGGACAAGUCAUUUCACCUUUCUGAGACUUUCUUCUCAUUGACCUGUCCUACCUACGAGGGUAGUAAGUUCUUUGGAACAAGAUUUGUUUCUGUGAUGUGCUGAAAUGUUCAUAGCCGGUCCAGUCAUCCUCUGAAAAAACUAUACUAUUUCUAAAGCAAAGAAACUUUGGAACUUAUCAAUGAACUCAGUUUUCUAAGAAAUUCCUCACAUUAGCCUUCUAAAACAUGAGGAAUUGUUAAAUCUUGUGUAUUUUACAUAUACAUACAUGUUUACCUCUGUUGAAAUCUGAGAUUUGCUUAAUUGGAGCAAAGUGUAACUAGGAGUUUGGUAAACAAGGGGCAAAGAUGCAUCAUGCACAGACCUAUACCUUCACCUCUGGAAAAAUUAAUAAACUUUCAUGGUCCAAAAAUGCUUUUCAUAAUGAGCAGGCACAGAACGCGCAAUGGGUGCGAGUAGGUCUGAGCUCUGCCAAGCAGACGUCCCAAGGGAAGGCUAGUAACCAUGCCAUAUCCUUGCAGAUGUCUUUCUGGAAGCUGAUCGCAGUCUUGAAUGCAAGGGUUAUGUAACUGAGGGAAAUCAUAGCUUAUAUUUCAGUCUGUGGAUGCAGAUGAUAUCACUUUAAUGCUAUUGAACAUGUGUGGAAAACGAUCUCCUGCUACAGAUGCCUCAUACCUUUUCUAAUGGAAAUCCAGCUCCAGAUUUCCCUGCAUGCAGAGUAAAUGGGACCCUGAACUGCAGUCCUUUAAAUUUCACACCUCUUUAUGGGCUCUUAUCUGUGACCUUUGCUUCCUAGAACGUAUUAUAGGCAGAGCGUAGCUCAGGUCGUGUGUGUCUGCUAUGCGAAGUAAGAGUGUGCCGUGCCUGACACAGUGGGUGCAUUAAAGGAGAACAUGAUUCACUCUUUUUUUUUUUAUCAAGUACCUGUAGAAAAGCUAAUCAAAUGCAGAUAUUCCUUGGCCCUGUUUCUGCUUGCUUGUGGCGAUUUCACAAGUGUAAGCCAUCUCCCUGAAGUCACUUCCGAUGUGCCCCAGACGGCAGGAGCAGAGCGGAGCUGGCCUGGCGUGCUGCUGCGGGAGCCUCUUCUCCUCUAGAUGGCACCGGCUGCCUGCUUGCGGAAACGCCUCGCUUGGACGUCAGCUGCCCAAAGGAAUGACGUGGCGAGAUGCGAUACGUGAGGAUUAUAAAGCACCGAGAAGGUAUGACUAAUUGCCAUGACAGGACAGAGCUGGUAGAUGCAUUGCCGAGAAAUGAAGGAGCACGCUCCACACUGCUGCCGGAUCCACUGUCGGCGAGAGGCAGGCUUACACGAUGGGAAAGAAAAGCCGGGCUCGGAGACAACCCCCAAAUCCCUCCUCAGUCAGCCAGCUCUUCAUACUGGUUGUUACACCAGCGUACCUAUGCCAGGAGAAGUCGAGCUGAUGUAAUGGCGUUUAUGAUUGAUUAGUGAAAUAGAAAGAAAAAUGCAGGAGCAAAGAGAAAAAGCAUCUCCUUAGGGCAGUUGUUAUUUCUGCUGUUGCGACCCCAGCGUGCUUCUGCCCCUGCCCACCGUUCUCCACUGGCUCAAAGUAAAACAAUCUAUUCCUGCAGCUCUCAAACUAAGGGGAAAGCUGCAAUUUCCAAUGACAGCACAUCGCAAGGCAUCGUAAACUUUACUAAGGAAAGCAUCAUCGUCGUCUGCAUUUUACAGACAGAGAAGCUGAAGUCAUGAAAGUGAACUGAUCUACUCACAGUUACUGGGAUAAAUAGAAACUGCUUCCUAAAUCCUGCAGGAAUGGACUGUAGCAUCUGCCAGCACUGCUGCUACUAGUACCAAUGACUGUGUUGUCCCCCACAUUGUAUCAGUGUAAGACCCAAAGGAACCCCUUAGAGCUACAGCAUUACUAUAGAUAUUUAUUCAAACUUUCUGCACCACAGAUUUGGAGGUUAAUUGCUGCCAGGCUUGGACCCUGAGUAUGAAACAAAUAAAAUGGUGGGUAAAUCAAGAGUAGAGUCCAAUUUGGCCAGUUUCUCUAAGGAGGACAUAUCUUGCAGUAUUAGGGUAAUCAGAUCCUAUUGGUAUAAAUGGGUGUAUUUGCAUUAAUGCAAUGAGCCAAUGCCAGUCCUGGCUCUCUAUUUUGAAAGAUGCAGCAGGAUGCAGGGCUGGUGCGGAGAGCACAGCUAGCCAGGAUCACUCUGGAUUUUCCAAGUAUGCUGCUAAGUUUAAGUCUCAAUUCGGCCAUUUAUUCCUAGGAGCUGGAGAACCGCUUGCCUGACUCCCCACGAGUACUAGCUAUGGCAGCACUCGCUAACCCACGGCUGAUAGGAUUUGCUCAUUCCUGACACACGCUCAGGCUUAUAUAAAAAGUUCACUGGUGCCCUCACUUCUAACAGGAGCUGCUGCAGAGCCAGCAGCCCCCGUUCAUCGUUAGCACAAUGUUAUGCUAACGGGAAGUGACUGGAAUUUGUGCAGAGGAAUCGGAGCAGUUUCGCUCAGGUGCUGAAGGGCACGGUGGUACGAGCUCCAAACUGCGGGCUGUCAGUAACAUUUAAUGCAAUUUAAACGGGGUUUCAGAAGAGACUGGAUUGAAAUUCAGAUCCAAAGUAAAUACUUGUUGGUGUUCUUACUCCCACGUGUGAACAGUUUGUGUCACAUAGCUUUGGCCUUGAAGUCACAGCAAAUGAAGUUAAUGCAGAAUGACUUACCCAAGUGUGUCGUUCCCUAACAUCUGUUGAGCAGGCCAAACUCACCCGCGCUCAUCGGUCAGAGACUUGCUUAAGUCACUGUUCCUGCUCGCCGAAGCCCAUGCGGUUACUGCUUCGUUUGAAUUUUGAACGUCUUCAACUCUGAUUGCGGCUGUUGGCAGAACGAAGUGGAAGAAACGUGUGCUUGAGGGAAAUGCGUACGGCAGUGCUAGCAUUCCCAUUUGCUCUAAUGAAUGGCAGCCCCCGUUAUGUGCUCUGCAUUUUCUCAGGAGGCAUCUUAACAGCUUUGAGUGUGUCCUCUGGCCCUGCUGUGGGAUCAGGAAGGGUGGCUGGUGUCCGGGUCAGUGCUUGGGUGCAUAUUCCCUCUAUACAACGACUUGCCUAGAUUCAGAGGGCUCAGUGAUGUUUGCAGCGCGUAUGUGUGGGUUUUGUGUGCGUUAAAAGCCUUGUGGUCCCCUCUGCGUUUGGCAGGAGUAUGAGGGUGAGCUGUUAUUUCAAAGUACAGUGUAUAUAAUGACACAAUCUGCUCUGCAUCUGCAGUCGCGGCUAUAGGGUCAUUACAGAGUCUUUACAAAAACACCAUCUAUACCCUCAACCACUAAAGAGAGGAAAUACCCAAAAUCUGCACGAAAGACCUGAAUGGACAGGCCAUUAGGAAGAGCGCGUGGACUUCCUGGGAUUGUCUCUUGUGUGCCUGGCUUAUGACACAGGAAUGGGAGAGGAGGGAAACGAAGGUUUGAGCAUAUUAAUAUGGUUUUGAGUAGAGCAAUUCAUUGCAGCUGUUAUGUGCAAGCUGUGUAACAUUUCCCCAUCAAGACAAAUUUUAGCAUGGCUUAGCCUUCCUCCACUAAACUCUUUCUCUCCUCUUCAAAACUUUCCCUAGCAGCCAGUUCUUCCAAUGAUAGUACCUCCUCCUCUUCCUCUCUGUUAAUUUUUCCACACCUCUCUUCACUAUUACUUUCUGCCUGCUCUGUUUUCCAUGCCCUGUCUGAGUUUAUCGUAUCCGCGGGGCAGCAAGCUCUGUCGGGGAGCAGAAAUGCCUCGCUUCACAUUUGCAAAGCCCUGGGGGCGUUUCUGGAGCCUCGGGGAUUUGCCAUGAUAGCUUUGCUCAUGGUGUUUCUCACUCUCCAAAUUCGAUCUCUCCAUUAGGAGCUUUCAGAGUAAAGACUGAACUAGUUCAUCCACAUUUUGCUGAUAGUUUAAUCAGUUGUUCCAUCUCUUGCCCUCCACCAGAUGCAAAUGCAAAAAUAUCAGUUGUGGGGAUGCAAGAAGAUGACUUUCAAUCUCAUCCCCUGUAUGUCACGUUAUUUUAGUUCAUGCCAUCAUCAUUGCGGUCAUUCAUGUACUGCGUUUUACCAUAUGUUUUGUUGCUCACAUAUUUUGGGGAGAAUGGAGGGAAUAUUCAUGUUUUUAGUGUAGAGAAGCUCUCUCUCCGUGCAAGUUUGGAAAUGCCUGUUGGCCCAAUGUCCUGUGCCUGCCGCGUAUGUGCUUUCUUGACAAAUGUGCUCUAGAUUCAGGCAAGCAAAAUUGUCACCUGCUGGGACGUGCCAGGCUGCCGGGUGCAUUUGUAAACCUGGGACCCUGCAGCAGUGAAAGGCUCCCUGUGAGUCCUGCCAGGGUGUGAGUCCAACCCCAGUGCCGGCGGCAUGCCAUGCAUCCCAUACGUGAUCCAGGAGUCACCUACGCCAGGGACACUGCCAAGCACUUUCAGGGCAACAUUAAUUCGCUGCGUUGCAGCAUCUUUGGUGAGGGCAGCUCUUGCAGUUGCAUUGCCAGAUCCAUCCGAGCACUACUUGCAACUUCUUGUCCUUCGACUCUUUGAAAAAUACUAUUUCUUUAGCCCCCACACAACACCUUUGCGAAGUAAAGAAUUACUUUGAAACCCUAAAACUUGCUUCAGCAGAAACUGGGAGCAAUCCUAUAGGAGCUCGUGCAGAGAUGGUGGUAUAAACCUGGUGCAUCCUAUGUGAUUGCAGAGGUCAGGGUUCGGUAGCUAAAUAUUUAGGUCAGGUUUGGUUUUGCCUUGUGCUUCUUUUGAUUAAACGUGCAUGUUGCCCGCAGCCCCGCUGGCCUCACUCUAAACAGAAAUUUGCAAAGCAAUCGUUAGGAGGAAUUUCCACCCCUUUCCAUCUGUUUGGGCCCCAAAACCCUGAAGAGGAAGCCCUUUGUCAUGGCCUAUCUAUCGCCUGUCAUUUCAAAGCUCCCUUAGAUUUAUCUAGCUGUACUUUCAUUCACAGAUCUGAAAGCUUUUCAGAUUUGGCUAAGCAAUUCAUAUUCUACUGUGAAAACAGAUGUCAUGAUCUUUGUACUGCUCCUCAGCAAAAUAUGUCGAAAACCAGGGAUUUGAGAAACGCCCAUUCAUAGUGUACUAUUUAAAGCUGUUUAGAAAUAGGUUUAAACUAGCCAUUUAAGCUAUUUAUAAAGCCACUUACAGAGAAAUCCAUAUAGCGUUUUAUACAAGGAGAAGCUGUGUAAGCACCUCCUGACCGUUUUUGGCUUGUCUGUUGAGGGCCUCUGUAGGGAGGUAGCUCAGGAGGAGAAGUAAUGCCAAGUGCUAUGCAAAACGAAAAAAUUUAAACCAUUGUGUUUUUUAAAUAUCGUAAUUUUCAGUUCUGAUAAUAAAGUGGCUCCCUUGCCAACAUGUUUGUUAGUAGAGUGUAUUAUUAGUUACAUCCAUCUGUAGAGCAAACCGACUUCUGGUGGUUUUCUAUCAUUUGUAAAUC